AUACGCGUCCGGUAACCGUACGUCGAUUAGACGUCCGGCAAUGACGUCAUGGGGUUGCGGGAACCUGGAACGCCUUUACUACAACAAUACCAUCACCAACCAUCGGUGGUCGUGGUGUAGUGGAUAAGAUGCUCGGCUGAUAUGCAAGAGGUCCAGGGUUCGAGUCCCAUUGGUGACAUUAACUUUUUGUCGAAGAUUUUGCAUUGAAUACCAUUUAUUCUUAACUGUACAUCUUUAAUUAGAAUUUUUGGCAUUUAUAAUUUUCUAAUAGAGAAAGAAUUUAACCUUAAUUCGAUUUUUUCAUUAUCAGCAAGUUUGGUUGGUUAGGUUAGGUUAUGACAGUAAUUGCCGGACGUCUAAUCGACGUACGGUUACCGGACGCGUAUCCUCUGCGUAAAAAUUAAUUAAGCUACAUCUUAAGAUGGGUGUGUUUAUGGGGAUAGCCUCUGUGUUCCUAGGAUGUUGCAGCAACGUGGUGUUUUUGGAAUUACUGGUCAAAGAAGACCCAGGGAGUGGAAACCUAAUAACGUUUGCACAGUUUCUUUUUGUGGUUGUGCACGGAUUUAUAUUUACGAUGAAGUGGGGUACGAAGAAACCAAAUAUUAGCAUAUGGAACUACACAGUUCUCGUAGUGAUGUUUUUUGUUGUCAAUGUUUUCAACAACUACGCUUUUGAUUUUAACGUAGCGAUGCCUUUGCACAUGAUCUUCAGAGCAGGUUCCUUGAUCGCCAAUAUGAUUAUGGGAAUCAUAAUUUUGAAGAAAACAUACUCACUCUCCAAAUAUGUAUCUGUUGGACUGAUCACCUUGGGUAUUGCAAUUUGUACAGUAAUAUCUGGUCAAGAUGUAAAAAAAACUGGUCCGGUCCGAGAAGACGCUAAGCCUACAACAGAAGUGGAAGAUUUCUUCUGGUGGAGUAUUGGAAUCCUCCUGUUGACAACUGCACUGUUUAUGUCUGCCCGAAUGGGUAUAUAUCAAGAAGAGCUUAACAAAAAAUAUGGCAAGAAUCCAAAAGAGGCACUAUAUUUUACACACUUGUUGCCUCUUCCAGCGUUUGCUCUACUCUACAACAACAUCUACGAACAUCUGAUGAUCACAGUCAACAGCACACCUAUGCAGAUCCCCGUGCUACCAGUGGCUGUACCAAUACUGCUGGUUUACUUGUUGGGCAAUGUCGUCACUCAAUACCUCUGUAUCAGCUCAGUCUAUUACCUCACAUCUGAGUGCUCAUCGCUGACCGUGACGCUCGUCAUCACUCUACGCAAGUUUGUCAGCUUACUCUUCAGCAUCUUGUACUUCAAGAACCCGUUCACCAUCUACCAUUGGGUUGGCACCACGAUGGUCUUUGUAGGGACACUCAUCUUCACAGAAGUUCCUCAGAAGAUACUACAGUCUUCAUCAGCGCCUGCCAAGGCAAAGAAAGCUCAGUAGAAUAUGUAAAAAAGGGGUAUUAUUUGAUAUUUAAGCUUAUAUGAAUUACUAUUGUUGACUGUGGCCUGUUGAGGGUGAAACAGGUCUUAAGUAACCUUUAAGAGUUUUUUGUAUAGUCAAAUUUUCACUUAGAAAUUUGAAGCAACUUUUUGCACAGUUGGUGGUUUGAAUGCACCGUUCGUUUGGUGGCUUAAAAUAGCAGCUAUACAAAUUAUAUUAUUUUCAAAAACAAGAUAUAACCGCAACAUAACUACUCUUCCUGCAAGCGUCAAACUUAUCGACCUCACCACCAUCAAUCCACCAAGAUUAAAAACACUUUACAGGGAUGCUCUGGACUAAAAUCUCAGUUCAGGAUGUGAUCCUUUUCCUGUAAAUUUUUGGGAUAUACAGCCAAUUUUUUUUAAAUAGUAUUUUUAUUUCAAGAUAAAAUUGGGUAGUAAAACUGUAAAACAACAUGGUUGAAUUAUAUGUUUAACUGGAAUUUUUGAAAAAGAAUAGAGUUAAGCCACCCAAACGCUAUUCCUUUUAAACAAAUUCGUAGCCAAAUGCAUUUCCUUUAAAAAUAUUACCUUAUAUUUAACAGGCAACCGAAACCUGUGUAAAAAAACUUAAGAAAUGAUUGUAAAUUUAACACAGACAUAUUAAUUUUGUUAAAAAAAUCAAUAGGGCUUAGUUGGCUAAUGCUAGUACUGCACAGUUAAUUAUAAAUUAUACAAAAGUAGAUGAUGGAUGAGACUACAAACCGUCGUGAAAUCCAAAAUAACUCUAUAUAACUCUAUAUACUUCUAUAUCAAUAUAGGCGUACUAUUUAACACCUGCUAAAAAUAUGCUUCUACAACCAAUUAAAUUGUUGCAUUGCCCUCUAAAAUUCUUUUCCUUCAAUUUAAUACAGAUUUGGUUGUGACGAGUCAAUUUUUUCAUCCUAUAAAAGGCCACUCUGGGGCUUGGAAGAUAUUUGACUAUGAAUAAUUUUGAUGUUAUAUUAUUUAAUGUUUGUCCGUCCAAAAAGCAUUUAACCAAUUUAGCUGAUAUUGCUUAGGUCUCUGUUUUUUUUAUUGAACCCUAUUUUACAAAUAGUAACUGACAAUAACUUUGACAACAUAACCUUUGACUAUUGAUUGAUAUAACUAAAACUGUCCUCACAUGAUUCAAGAGGAUGACAGAUCUACAAAAGGAGUAGCUUUAACACAUUCACUACCAGGUCUCACAAAGCUCCUCAUACAGAGGAGUGAGGCGACUGGUAGGUAACUUGUUAGUCUUUUAUGUAACUUAAGUUAAAAACCUAAAACAUUUUGUCAGUAUAUAUUUUUGCUCAAAAUUAGAAACAGGGUCAUCAACUCUAGAGGAGGAGUAUAGUAUACAAUCAAGGUGUGUUCAACGUUCAACUUACUUGUAAUAAUAGAUAUUGUUUGUAGUGUUCCUCUUUUCACUUUUGCCCUAUAAUUUAGCACAUGUAAGUAAAUUAAUGACUGUUAACAAAAUGAGCGGUGACCAGUUUUUAAUGAUUGUUUGCUAUGCAAUCAAAUAACAAAAUUAUGUAAAAUUUUUGAAGAUGUAAUUUUGGCUAAAUUAAGUUUAUCCUGUAAGUAUCUUAUUUUAUGUAAGGGUCUUAUUUUUACUUUGUUAAAAUUUUACUGUGUACAGAAAGUUUCUAUAUCUGACCCUCCCAGUUGAUGUUCACCCUAUUUUGUUUUGCAUGUAUACCAAAGCUGUAACAGCGAGACAACUCUUUUUGUCGUUCCUGACUGUACUCAGAAAAUACACGUCAGGGUUUUAGGGAUUUUCCCUUGAAUGUAUGCAUACCACAUAUUUUGCCAAUUAUGCUCAUUUCCACAUACCUCUCUGAUAACCUUCACGUUUCAGUGCAAACUGAGACUUGUUGAGUGGAUGAGCAUCGCUUUAUCAAAGAUUUUACAGUUGUGGGAUUUUAUUUUAUCACUUUUUUAUGUUAUAUUUGUGAUAAUGGGGUUGAAAUAAAAACAAGUUAGGGCUUAUAAUGAAAGACAAACUUAAUAAACACUUUGCCAAUUAAUUGUGUAAUUUGUUGACAUUUUUACAAUUUUGUAAUUAUUUUUUGUUUUUAGUUUCUUUAACCUUGAUGUGACCAAUUUAGAACAGACAAU